AUGUUGGAGUGGGAUGGCUACAACUAUGACCCGUUAUGGGUGGGAUUCCUGGUGACCUAUUCGGAGGGGGACCACCGCUUGACGAUCCUCUCCCUAAUAGCAAGUCUUAUUUCAUUCUCCAUCUUUACCUUUCUGACAUCGACGGCGAUCAAAGACAUCUGCCUCGAGAACCGCAGCAUGACUGCCUGUCUUGCCUUCCUGACCGUCGUGGUCAGCUUGGCCCUCCCAUUUCUAGUAGGCGGCCUCUAUGGGGUGCUUCUGGUGAACUGCCCCUGCUACAUUCAAAUGGCGACGGCAUGCAGACGAUGGAUUAGCAAGCCUGUUGCUGUCACAGAGAAAGCGGAUGCAGCGGCUCAAAAUGCUUUGCCGACACAGAACGACACAGUGUCACCCGCAGGAGGGGAAGAUUCCGAAAUGCAAGCCGAAGAGGAGAUCUUCGAGAUUAUCUUAUGGUCGUCAGUCCCCUCUGAAGAGGAGUUGGUAUCCUCUCUUUAA